GGCUAAAAUCCUCCAGCAGCAGCAUGAAGCUCGGAGCCUUGUUUCUCUUGGUGUCUCUUGUUGCCCUCAGCCUAGAGGUACAGGAGCUACAGGCUGCAGUGAGACCACUGCAACUUUUAGCACUCCACCUGCUUUCCCCACUACUCCUCCUUGAGAAUAUUCCUGCACUUCCAGGCUUACUUUUUCUGAUGAACAAGAAAUACUGUCUUCCCUCCUUUGAGCCCUUUGAGUGCUCUGGAUGCACCUUGCAGGACACUUGUGAAACACUGCUUGGUUUCCAGCGCCUUAAAUGCACCUGCGCUGAGCUCUGCAGAGGUGACUGGGACUGUGGACCUGGGGAGCAAUGUGUCAGCACUGGGUGCAGUCAUGUGUGUACUACAAACUAAGAACAGCUUCUACCUGGAAAAAAAAAAAAGUGCCUGUUUGGAGCUCUGUGACCAAGAAAGCAGUUGAAAAUGGAAGCCAUAAAUGGAGAUUAUAAGAAGCACAGUGGGGAGGGACAAGGAGGUGUUUCUUUUAAUAAAUCAUCAUCAUA